UGUCGUAAAGGUCGCGCGCCUCCCUGAGCCUCUCGUUUGCUCGCCGUUCUCUCUGCCUCCUGCCUUUUCUUAAACCGGCGUCUUUGCGGAUCCAGCCGCUUCCUCCUUUCACGCUCCGCUUGCAGGGCGCUGUCCACCGCCUUUUUCGAUUUCCCUUCUCGCCGCCGCCGGAUAUUUUCCACCCACUCCUAUGAGUCAGGGCUUUGGGUGGAGAUCGGCCGCCUGCGCCCACCAGUCCCGUAGGAGUGGAGAGGGAGCGCUGUUCGCGGGCUAAUCUAAGAUGGGGCGUCAUCCGUCCAUCCCAGAUUAGCCUGGCGUACGAUCGCGUCGACAGGAGGUCUUAUCCCGACCGUAACGGAGGAUCUUUCCUUCUUUUCAACGGUACGGGGAUUUCUGCUCUUCUAUGUUCGCAGCUUCCCCCGUUUUCGUACCCGCACCAAGGCUAAUGUCUGCAGAACUGUCUCUGCUCAUCAACAUAAAUGAGCCACGAUGGGAUCAGGGCACCUUCAUGGGAAGAGCAAAGCAUUUCUUCACAGUGACAGAUCCCCGCAACCUUCUGCUUUCUAGCAAGGCCCUAGAAGAUGCCCGAAGAGUGAUACAGGAUUACAGAAUGGGUAAAGUACAACCAGGCUUGACUGAGGACCAACUAUGGCGGGCAAAAUACAUCUAUGACUCUGCCUUCCAUCCAGACACUGGUGAGAAGAUGAUCCCGAUUGGACGUAUGUCUGCCCAGGUGCCUAUGAACAUGACCAUCACGGGAUGCAUGCUCACCUUCUACAGGACGGCCCCUGCCAUGGUUUUCUGGCAGUGGGUGAACCAAUCAUUCAAUGCCAUUGUCAAUUAUACUAACCGGAGUGGAGAUGCACCUAUCACUGUCAAACAGUUGGGAACGGCUUAUGUCAGUGCUACUACUGGAGCUGUAGUGGCAGCUCUAGGACUCAAAUCUCUCACCAAGCAUUUGCCCUCAAUCAUUGGACGCUAUGUGCCUUUUGCAGCGGUGGCAGCUGCAAACUGCAUUAAUAUUCCAUUAACAAGACAAAGGGAGCUAAAGUUUGGUAUCCCCAUUAUGGAUGAACAUGGGAAUCGGCUGGGGGAAUCGAAGAAGGCCGCCCAGCAAGCCAUUGUGCAAGUGGUGAUUUCACGCAUUGGCAUGGCUGCACCUGCAAUGGCCAUCCCUCCUGUGAUCAUGAAUGCCCUGGAGAAAAGAGCAUUUAUGAAGCGAUACCCCUGGAUGAAUGCUCCUCUGCAGAUUGGACUGGUGGGCCUGACUUUAGUGUUUGCCACACCUCUUUGCUGUGCAUUCUUCCCACAGAAGAGUUCAAUGCGGGUGAAUCGCCUGGAACCAGAUGUCCAGAAUUUAAUCAGAGAGAAGAACUCGGAUAUUGAGGAAUCAAGUUCAAUGGAAAAGCAAUUUGCCCUUCGUUUCAACUGAAGUCUUUCUUACUCAGCACCUAAUAAAAACAUCAUGGUUUCAUGAAGAACUUGCACAUAUUUGUGAGCUGACUAGAUUCCUGGGAUUGUAAAAAGACUUUGCUCCAAACCAUCUGUUCUUAUAAUCAAAAAUGAUUGCAUAAAUAACCAUCUCUGCAUCCUCUUGCUUUUAAAAAUAUUUUUGCAACCAAUGAAGCAUUCAGUUACAAAGAUGGCAUUAUAUGCAGCCCUACUGUUAAAAACCCCAUGAGGUAGAUAUCAUCAUUAGUGAACUAUGAGUGUGAGAAAAUACUGGGGUUUCAUGGUAAUAUUCUUUUUGACCAUAGUCAUUAAAUGAAUUGUUUAGUACAUUGAGGACUACCUGUACAUGAUGGUAAUCUUUCCCAAAAUAAGAAUGACAUUACUUAUUUUUUCUUCAUGCAUCUUCAUAAUGCCCAUUUUAGACCACAAAUCUUCUUACUCAUCGGAAUAUUGUUUGGAUUACUUUAAGAAGAGAAAUGACAAUCUUUGGCCCAUAAUGGAAUGUGCAACUAUUAUUCAUAGAAUGCAGGCAUACCUGUGCUUGAACUGAUUCAGUGAUCCUGGAAUUAUGGCUUUAAUCAGGUCUGUGCAAAAUAUUUGUAUGAAUGGCUGAAUGCAAGCGUUUCCAUGGCCAAUUAUGGCACCUCCUUCUGUGUGCCAUCUAGACAUAACAGAUCAAUGCAAGGAUCAGUCAAUUUGCACACAGUGAUCAAAUGCACUAAAUCAGCAUAUCCACAUCCUAGAAGAAACUUUGGGUGAAGAUAUCACGUAGCACCUCUUAAAUAUUUUGAAAAACGUAUGCAAAAUGGGUAGCUGAAAUGUCAGGAUUAUCUUUGCGGAGGUAUUUCUACAGAAAAUACUCAAAGGUAAUAAUAGUGGACAGUCCUUUGAUGCUAUGCUAUAUGAAUCUGGUAUCAAAUAUCAUUUGCAGUUUUAAUCAAAAGUUCUUUUUGCCCUUCACUAGAAGGAUCAAAGAAUUUAAUUUAGGCACCACAAUGCAUAAGAAAUUUCACUGAAAAUGAUGCCAGAACUGCCUUUCCAAAAGAUGUUGCAGGUCAGUGCUUAAUUCACUUUUCUGUUCUUUUCAUCUCUAUAGCAAAUCACUUAUUUUAAUCUGAGUAAAAUUGCCCACCUUUGGUUCCUUAUAAAUGUACUAAUGUUGGAGGCUCAGAGAUUAAGUCAAGAUUGCUAUGUGCUUUUUUAUGUUUACUCUUAAUGAAACCUCUUGUCUACAUUCUCUGGAAUAUAAUCUUAUAAUAUUACAAUACCUUUUUGAAUUUUUAUAUCAGUGUUUUUUUUAUAUGCUAGGUUGUGGUGGUGUUUUAUUAAACUAAAAAUUAUUUAUGUACAGCAAUCCAUAUGUAUUCCAUAUCAUCAUGACUCUUGUGCAGCUUUAACUAAGACAAUUGUUUCCAAAUAAAGAAUAUAAUUUUUGUCUCUUGAAUAUGACACUGCUGCUGUCUUGGAGUGAUAGAACACAUAUAAAUAUGGUUCCUGUUUCUACUUAAUGAACUAUAAGCUUUGUUUACUUUUUAAUUAAAGGGAUUGAACAAAA